AUGGCUGGUUUUUCCCAGCUUGUGGUUGCGAUUGAAGAGCUGUUCUCAGCUAAUGAUGGUGAUCAGAGUGGGGAUGCUUUGUCGGAAGCUUGGAAGCAGGCUGCUGGAUGGGAUUUUCUGGUGUGGAAAUGGCUGCAUCAGAGAUCUAGGUUGUUCUUGGUUUUUUCUGAAAAAAAAAGUGAGAUACUUGAUGGCAACUUGGUGAUCUGCAUUACUGCUAACUUUAAAGAAAACACACCACCGCAGAUCACCAGAAGAAAUAAUCAAGAAAUUGAUAUGGAUAUUAAUCAAAGGGUACAACCACAAAAGAGAAAGAAGAAGCAAAGCAUACAGGCCAAGGCAAAAGACUCCACCACAGUUAUCAACGUCCACACCGCAUCAUCGAGUAUCGAGGAGCCGAACCCUCGGACGCUCUGCAAGUUCAAACUCCACCCAGAAGUGAAGUACGAGAGGUCGAAUAUUCCGGUCCACGACCACCGGAAUAUUCCUAACGAGGGCAUGGAGAAAUCGAAAUCCAGCCAGCUGAAAGCCGAGGAGUACCACCUCGCUGCGCACAUGAGAAACCUAUUAGAACAGAAAUACAAAUUGGCUCACCAGGACCGUCCGAUUUCCCGCCACGUCACCUGUCCGCGUGAACCCGCGUUUCAGCGGCUCAGAUCGCUGGUUGCAGAGCUACUGCUAGAGCGAACCAAGCAGCUCCUCUCUCGUCCCUCUCUCCCUUCCUCUAUCUCACUCCCUCUCCCAAAUCCAAUCCCAAUUCGUUUCAUUGAGAACAGAAAGGGGAGAUUUUCUCUGCAAAUUUGUGUGAGCUUGGAGAGGAUGAAGGUUAUGGAGGAAGUUGUGGAGGAAAACGAAGUUAAGCCUUUGACCGCCGAGCAAUUGGAGCAGUACGAGUCGCAGUCAGAGUCUGAGUCCGAGUCCGAUGACAGCGUAGACGAAGAGGAGGAGGACGCUGACGAGGAUGAGGACGACGACGACGACGACGCGGAUGACGACGAAGAGGACGACGAUGACGAAGAAGAGGACGACGACGACGAUGUUCAGGAGGUCGUACAGUCGUCUGGUGGCCCUCCGAUUCACUCGGUAGACGACGAAGACGAUGAGGACGAGGACGACGAAGACGGUGAAGGCGGUGGCGACGAUGACGAUGGCGAGGGAGACGACGACGACGACGAUGAUGAGGGCGAGCCUGAUGAAGAGGAUGAGCUAGGAACUGAGUACCUCGUCCGCCCGGUAGGUCGUGCUGAGGAUGAGGAAGAUGCGAGUGAUUUUGAGCCUGAAGAGAAUGGAGAUGAUGAAGAUGUUGAAGAUGAAGACGAGGGCGAUGACGCUGGUGGGAAGGUAGAGGCUCCCCCAAAGAGAAAGAGAUCGGACAAAGAUGACUCAGACGACGACGACGAUGAUGGAGGAGAGGAUGACGAGAGACCCUCCAAACGAUAGGGAUUAGAGUACCGACCAUUAACAAAUAGGUCAUUCGCUCUCUCAUAAACUCAUCGUCCCAUUUGUAGAAAGAAGGAUAGGAUGAUUUCGGAAUUCUGUGGCGCUGUUGUUCUUGCUGUAGCAGUAUGAAGGUGGAGUAAAUUUCGUAGGUUUACAAGAAGCUUUUCAUAUUUUGUUAAUGCUUAGUUGAUGUCAGUCAGUCAAUGUGUUGGGGGACUUGAAAGAGGUUGGUUUUAGAGAAGUUAAUGUAAGUUUAAGGAACUUGAUUAAGCUUGUAGCCUUUUCAGUA